GGAACUCAUGGAAAUGAUGUGAUUAUAUGGGUCAUAAUAUAGGGUUGUAAAUUAUGGAAUUGAUGGGAUCAUAGACCAAAAGAGAACAAUAGGUACCUAAUACCCAGAAUAUCAUGCAUUGCACUUCACUCAAACAUAUUAUUCCAUGUACGAAUGUGAAACAUUUGUCGCCUACUCUUUUGAAGCAACGCAUUGUUCCAUUUCUCCAGACACCGCUAUAAUUCAUAUAAAAAUAAUAAAGAGAGCUCUAGGUUUUGAAUCCCAUACUAGGUGUUCACAUACCAUGACAUCACCACAUCAAAGGGCUGAUCUUGUAAACAACAUAACCGAGUGGGAGGAAAAUGGGAAGAAAGCAAUAUCCCUAAACACUAGAGCAAUCAACAUAAUAUGGGGCGGUGAAGCCAGCAAAGACCGCUACUGGAAGAGAACAAUCAUCAAGGAAAGCGAAGAUAAAGGUUUUUCAUUUGAAGUGGUGGAACUGUUAGGUGUUUAUUGGCUCGAACUCACAGGAAAAAUCCCUCUAAAUUUGCUCAGUCCAGGAACCACUUACACAUUCUCUGUUACCCUCAAGCUCACACCAAAUGUUUCAGGUUGGGAGAAUAAUUUGGUGAUGUUUAGGCUUUCUUUUCCUGGAGACACUGCAAAAGUAUCUGCGGUGGAGUUGUCUAGCUACUCGGAUGGUGAGUGGGUAGAUGUUCCUAAUGGAGGACUGGUCUUCACCGUGCCUCAAGAUAAUAGCUAUGGAAUGCUAUCGUUUGCUAUUUAUGAGUUUGAGGGUGAGGAAUGGAAGAAGGGAGUAAUUGUUAAGAAUGUGAAAUUUGUACCACAAGCACCACAAGCAGAUCUUAGGACAAUCAUCUAGAUUCAAAAGACGCUCUGAACAUAUCUUUACUGUUUACUUAUAUUUAGCAAACUGUAUGUAUAUUAAACUAUGAAUAAAGAUGGGUUGAGGUGCAAA